AUACAGUAUAGCAAUUCAACGUUAUGACGUCAUACAAAUGUUUACUAUUUCACGCGACUUUACUAAAUUUUUGCAUUCGAUAUAAAUCCUCAAAACAAUUUCACGUGACGUAUGCUGUUAUUGCAUACUAAUGCCACGUGUCGCUCUCCUAUUUUCCCAACGCAUACCCAAUGUCGUCACUUUGAUUCCCGGAUGUACAGCUAACCCUCAGCCUGAUGUGGCGCUUCUUCUUACAUGUUACGUGUCUCUUCUGUCUGUGUGUCGUCAGCAUCACGCAAGAGUGUCCACGUCGAGGAGGCUCAACAACGAGCAGCACGAGCAGCAGCUGUCUUCUAUUGGCAAGCACUCUAGAUGGCAAAAUAACGGCACUGGAUAGAGAUGGUUCUAUACAGUGGAGUGUGCGGCCUGUGGCAGGGCCGCUGCUCUCGUCAAGUCUGAGCACGUUGGAGUCUGGAGCGAACGAGCCCAAGCUGAUUCCGUCGCUAGAUGGAAACAUAUAUCAUUGGAAAGGGAACGAGUUGAAGCUUCUGCCGGUGACGGCAGACGGCCUUCUUAGCUCGCCGUUUCAACUGCCUGACGGGUCGUUAUUGGUCGGAUCGAAGGAGAUCAUGAUAGCAAGAGUGAAUGCUGACUCUGGGGAGAUUGUCUACUUGUGUUCUGCAUCUGGAUGUCAUCAGAAUAACGUAAACGUUCGUGAUUCGUCUGCUAAUGUGCUCAUCGUGCGUCGAAUACAGCGCACGGUUAGAGCGAUCGUACAGAGGACGGGAGAGGAAAGAUGGAAUUUUACUGUCGGACGUUAUGAGAUUCGAAUUUCUGAAGGAGAAGGCACUGAGGCUACCACACGCACGUGUUUUCUUGGAUCCCCAGAUUGGAACCUCAAGGUCAUGGGCUCAGAAGGAGUCCUCACAGCCAUUCACGGACACGAUGGCAACUUACUAUGGUCACUUCAGUUUUCGUCUCCACUGUCUGCAGUUUGGUCUGUGGAUGGGACAACUCUCAAGACGUGGCCAUUAUAUAAUGAAGGGACGGCUGUGCAGCCGCUAAACAUGGGACAGAGCAGCAUCGGCCAAAAUUCACACCCACAAUUCAGUCCAGUCACAAUCCUAGGUUUACAUGAUGGUCAACUGUAUGUUCAUAGUUCAACGCUUACACCUUCUGCUUCCGUUCAAGUACCGUUACCUGGAGAGUCGGUUAAACGGCUGUCUGUGCACAUAAGGGGUGAUCCUGCAGCAUUGACUACGUAUUCUACUCGGACAGACAACGUACCAGACACUACGGCAUUGACGGUCUAUUGUGAAGUAGAUGACUUACAAGGUGAUGGGAUGUAUCUGUACAGUGAUGGACCAAAAAUUCCCCUACAGUGUGAGUGGCCUCACCCUGAUAUUGCUGAAAACAACACUGACGCAUACAAGACAAACAGAAUGCUGGACCUAAGUCUAUGGGAUAUGUCUUUCGCUCUUACCGUCAUAGUCUUUAUAUCAGCAGUCAGGCACUAUGCAAAGAAACGUGUGGUUAAACGACAGAAAUCAGAGCCAGUUGAUGUUGAAGGAGAGCUCGAUGAUAGUGGGGUUGGCAGUGUACUUAGGCAAUGCAGUGGUGAGACUGUGUCUUCAAAUACAAGACACUCAGAAAGCUUCGUGUCAAUGUUUGAAAGAGAUUAUGAAAUCGUUGGUGUACUUGGUCGUGGCGGAUUCGGUGAGGUGUACAAUGUUAAAAAGCCACUGGACGAUUGCAGUUAUGCAGUUAAGAGAAUACGCCUUCCUCGAAAAUCAGAAGCCAGAGAAAGAGUUCUGCGUGAAGUUAAAGCGUUGGCUAAGCUGGACCAUCCUCAUAUUAUACGAUAUUACACGUCAUGGGAGGAGUGCCCACCCAUUGGAUUUACUUACAGAUCGCUGGCCACUGAUACAGAUGAUACAAUAUUCAGUCACAGCGGUGAUGAGUUAACAAAAAGAGAAAGCAAAGUCCCUACUAACAGCUACUUGGCAUCAAUGAGCGGUGGCUCAUCAUUCAUUACAUUUGCUGACGAAUCUCAACAAAACAGCAAAGCCAACACGUUCACUGACAACAGCCUAAUAUCUGAAGAUGAUACGGAUGUGGAUGAUGAGUGUGACCUACAAGACACAGAAUCAAAUCGAUUAUUGCGUACAAACAGUGAGAGCGGUCCCGUAUUUCUUUACAUACAGAUGGAAUUAUGCAAGGAAACGCUGAAAGACUGGCUUGCCCACAAUAGCAUAAACAGGGAAUACGUUUGUGUUAUCAAAAUAUUUCAUGAGAUUGUCACUGCUGUUGAGUACGUACAUGCUCAGGAAAUGAUGCAUCGUGACCUAAAGCCAAGCAAUAUUUUGUUUGCUCACAAUGGCUCAGUAAAGGUCAGUGACUUUGGUCUGGUCAAGUCACUCACGAAGACUCCAUCAUGUAAUACAACGACAAAAAGAGAGCCGUUACAGUAUUCAGAAUUUGAUGAUUACGAUGCAAAUGUAGAUAGUGCACACAUCACUAGUGAUGUUGGUACCGAACUCUACAUGAGCCCAGAACAGGUUGCCGGUCAACCGUACUGUGAGAAAGUCGAUGUGUACUCAAUGGGUGUUAUCCUGUUUGAACUUCUCACACCGUUCACCACUCAAAUGGAACGGGCCAAAACUCUCAGCAGAGUUCGAACUCAACACAUACCAGACACGUUUAGACGGAAGCACCGCAAAGAGUACGAAUUAAUAUGCAGUUUGUUGGCUGAGCAUCCGGACGAUCGACCGAGUGCCAAGAAUAUCAAGAAUCAUUCAUUACUAGACGAGUUCAAGUAGACGACGAGAUUCAUAUCGUAUAUAAUGGAAUACAGUUGGUGUACGUAGUUGUUAUUAUUCAUGUACUGUAUUGUAUAUUCUUACAUGAUAAACAAUAUUGUGAAGACGCUAUGGCAACGUCUUCUUUUGUAUUUAAGAAUUUAGAUUAGUGAAGAAUAUGUACUAUAUUGGAUUAUGUCAAUACAAUACAAUACAAUACAAUACAAGAAUACAUCUCA